CCCCGAUCUAUAAACAAUUAACAAAAGCUAGUCUGUCAACAUGGCGGCCAAUAUUUUAAAGGGCCACCCCUCUCUUUCUUCACCUUCUCCCCCAUUUCUUCUCAUUCUCACAUCACCAACCUAACCCUCUCUCUCUUUCUCUAUCACCCUCCCUACUCUUCUUCUUCUUCCCUUUAAUCAUCAUCUCCGCCGGCAAGGGUGGUCAAGACUCAAGACUCAUCCCACCAGAAGAUUAGCAGCUUUAUUUGGUUCUUGGACACCCCAUAUUACAAAUAAAUUAAUGGACGGCAAGUUCAACACCAACCCAUUAAUCACUAAGCAAGAAGAGAACGACAAUACAGAAAGUGGUCCUGACUCACCUCCUUUUAACUUGCUCAACGACAUGAAGACUUCUACUUCCUCCCUGAAAAGAUGCAAACGGGCGAUUCAAAAGAGAGUAAUCUCGGUGCCAAUCAAGGACGUAGAAGGGUCACGGCUCAAAGGUGAGACUGCCCCUCCACCAUCUGAUUCUUGGGCUUGGAGAAAGUAUGGCCAGAAACCCAUCAAGGGCUCCCCUUACCCCAGAGGAUACUACAGGUGUAGCAGUUCAAAGGGCUGCCCUGCCAGAAAACAGGUAGAGAGGAGCCGUGUGGACCCUUCAAUGCUAGUGGUCACCUACUCUUGCGAACACAACCACCCUUGGCCACCUCCUUCAAAGACCCAGCACCAUCACCACCACCAAGGUAACGCCUCCACCAAACUCAACACAGUCAAGUCCGAAAUCUCCACACCCACCCAACCUGAAAACCCAGAACCCGAACCUGAACCUGAACCUGAGGAAAAGUUCACUGAUCUUGGAGAUGACUCACUUAUUAGUAGAGAUGAGUUUAGCUGGUUUGGAGAAAUGGAAACCACCUCUUCCACCAUCCUCGAGAGCCCCAUUUUUGCGGAUGAGAGGAGCACGGCGGAGGCUGACGCGGCGAUGUUUUUCCCUAUGAGAGAAGAGGAUGAAUCUCUGUUCGCCGAUCUGGGUGAGCUGCCGGAAUGCUCGGCUGUGUUCAGGCACCACCGUGGAGUGGGCCCACAGGUCCAGAUCUGCUGACACUUUACAUUGUCAUCACGCGGGUUAUAAAAUUCAUAGGUGGGCGUAUAAUGCACCACAAGAUAACAAAAUAGAAAUUAAUUUUCUUCUUCUUCUUCUUCUUCAUCUUCUCCUAAUUUACUACUCUGUUUUUCUUUUCUUGUUAAUUUAAUUCUUGUUUUUAGUUUCCAUUUUCCUUGAUUUCAGUGUAGUAAGUGAAUAAAAGUCCAAUUCUGAA